CUCAACCAUCUGAGCGCAACGAGGCUGAACAAUACUCGUAACGCUGAUAUCGAUGUUCUGUUCUUCAAUCGCGCCGCCAAAGUAGGCAGCGAGGCUAUGCUGGAGCUGUUGCAAGCUCUGGAAAACUAUCACGAUGAUUUAACCCUUGACAGAACGGGUCUCUCAAAACCCACUUCCCGUCAGUUGAAGAAAAACGACCAGCGUGACAUGGCUGAAUAUGUCGCUGACCUGGAAGAGGGCUCCAUUUACAUAGAGCACAUCAACUGGAUAGACUUUGACGAGUUCGAUCAGCCCAAACCGAUCUAUAUAAACAUGGUGCGGGAUCCGGUGGAACGGGUCAUCAGCUGGUUCUUCUACGCACGCGGUUCCUAUAAGAAUGCAAUCGAGUACCGGAAAAAGCCUAAUUUGAAGAUAAAGAAGGAGUCGUGGUAUAAGAAAAACUUUAAUGAAUGUGUCAAGAGCGGGGAUCCGGAAUGUCAGUAUAUACCCCAUACGGUCAAGGAUGCCGUGCCCAAUUUUAAAAGACAAACCCUGUUCUAUUGUGGUCAUCACGAUGAUUGUAUUCCCUUCAAUUCGCCGACUGCCGUGCAAAUGGCCAAGGAGCAUGUGGAACGGGACUAUGCAGUCGUGGGAAGCUGGGAGGACACGAACAUUACAUUGACCGUCCUCGAGCGCUAUAUACCGCGAUUCUUUCGCGGCGCCAAGCUGAUGUACGAGAUGAACAAUAACAAGAUCGUCAAUCGGAACAAGAACAAACGAAAGCCGUUCAUAGAGCCCGAGGUGAAGGCUAUGAUACGCAGGAAUUUCACGAAUGAGUACGAGUUCUACUACUUCUGCAAGCAGCGUCUGUACAAGCAGUACUUGGCCCUCAACCUCAACGAGCUGGAAAGGCAUGGUCUUCUGAAUUAGUUGAGAGAAUUAACUGGGAGGCUAGACUAGACGUUAGCUGGUGAUAUACAAAUACUUUCGAACAAAUUUCCACUUAAAUAAACAGUAGAUACUUUAGACUA